UUUAGCAGACAAGCUCAGCCGAUCAGUUUGUUCUUCGAUUGUUGUCGCUGUUUAUAUUGUUAGUUCAUUCUCAACACUCAUAUUUUCCUGCCAAUUUUACGAUUAAAUAUAUAUAAACGAAAAAGCGUGUAUAUGUACAAAGGCUGGUAAAUUACAAACUGAACUCGGUGGACUGCGUGUGAACUGCUACAUCUAUUCUUGCCGCAACAAAGGCGUAAGAAAGGCAUCGCCAUUCAUCGGUGCGGUAAUCACCAUGGUCCCCGAAAGUUUGGGGCUCGCAGGUGCUGAAGUUGUGCUGGACUUCUUCUGCCAGAGCAUUUGUUUCUCAGGAUUCAUCUUCGUCAUAUCAUACUGCACAUUUUGGUGGUUUCUACCAUCACAUGUCAUCGUGGUACUCUCAGUCUUAUCUGUGAUAAGUGGAGUGGCAUGUCUGCUGUAUUUCAGGAAAAGGCGACCGGCUGAUUCGCAUCUGGAACGGUUUAUGAAGCCGUCUGCAUCCAGCAAUGGUGUGAUAGCUCACCGAGGAGGAGCGGCUGAUGCACCAGAAAAUACUCUCCUUGCUAUUCAAGAGGCAAAGAAGAAUGGUGCUGAUGGAGUUGAAGUUGAUGUUGAGAUCACCAAAGACGGAGUAGCCAUCUUGAUGCACGAUGCUACCAUUGAUAGAACAACUGAUGGGACUGGUUUCAUCGGUCAGAUGAUGUGGGAUGAAGUCAGUCAGCUCAAUGCAGCAGCGAAAUUCUCCUCCAGUUCUCGAUCCAAGAUAUCUUACGAAGCUGUCCCUACUCUGGAUGAGGUGGUCCAGGAAUGCUUGAAUCUCAAACUGAGGAUCUUCUUUGAUGUUAAGGCAUAUUCCAAGCAAAUGGUGGACGAGCUGAUCAAGCUUUAUCAGAAGUACCCUGGCCUGUAUGAUAACGGCAUGAUCUGCUCCUUCUUCCCAACUACAAUAUAUAGGGUGAGACAACUGGACAGUGAGAUUUUAACCGCACUGACCACUGAGCCCUACUUCAUAUCUGGCCAGGUCAUGAAGAGAUGGACCGGACCACCCACCUGGUGGAAGCUACUGCCCUUUGCGAUCAUUGACAAGAUCUUGGAGUGGAGUUUGCACAACUGGUUGUGGAUCCUGUGUGGAAACUCUGCUAUGCUGCUUCAGAAGGACACAAUUUCACUGAAUGUUAUCCGGUACUGGUCAGCACGUGGUCUCACAGUAAUACCUUGGACUGUCAACAAGAAGACGGAUAAGGAGUUCCUUGCCUCACUGGAUUGCCACUACAUUACAGACUGCAUCAAAUAGGCAAUCAUUUCUAUAAUGCAUUCGAAGUACAGGUUACUUUCAGCUGAAACCGCAAAAGACCUUUUUACUGUGAUAACUUGAAAAGAAUUGAAGCAAUUCAAACCAAACUUGAAUAAAGAAUGGAUGAACAUGCAAUGAUUAACUGAUCAAAUUUUGGGAGUAAGAGGUCAAAGGUCACAUUGUCAUAAACAUGUCAAUUAAGUGUUUAAAAAUACUAGACAAUGUUUUCUUACAUCAAUAACUUGAAUUGCAUUGAGCAAUAUAGAGCAUUUAUUUGGGGCAAUUCCUUGCAACGUAUUCCAUACAACAUAUGACAUAUAUUCAUAUAUCUUCAUCCAUGAAUCACAAAAUCUCUUGAUUGACUAUGACUAAUGGUAGUGAUCUGAGAAAGCAUCAUAAGUCAAUGGUUAUGUCAAGAUAUUUUUCCUUCCGGAUGAUAUAUGAGGAGGAAAACGACUUACCUAUGUCCUAUGGGAAAUAUUUCACAUAAUUACCCAUUUGAUGUAUAAAAAGUAUAUCUUGUGUGUUACAUUCUGCAGCCAAAAAAUGUUCUGGUGAUGCAAGUGAGAUUGGAUGUAUUCCAUUUUGAAGUUGGAAAUUCGAUCUUACCAUAGAAAUCUGGAGACUUUUGUUCACACGUGAUGCAGUACACAAGAAGAAAAAAACGUUGAGGCAAAAUGUAUGAUUAAUUUUAGGUGGGGGGGGGGGGGGGCAGACAGUAUGCGUGCAAUGAGUAAAGGACCAAAGGGUAGUCACUGAUCAGAAUAUUUAUAAAUGAUGCAGAAAUAUAUAAUAUAUAAGACACACACUAUACUGGAGCCAUUUUAUGUGGACAUGGCCGUUUUGUACCACUUUAGAUAUGAACAAUGUAGGCACCACAGAGUUUUAGACAAGUUUCAUACGUAUCUUGCCAUGUUAGGCUGUUCAAUUUUCAUCAUUAAUACAAGUUCUAUUGUCACUAAAUACAUGUCGAUAUCAAGAGUAAUAUAAUGCAAUUCCUAUUGUUACAUUGACUCCAAAUAAUCUUCAGUGCUUCCCUUAGACUUUUCGCUUGACUUGUUAGGAUAAUUUUCAUAUUGAAAGAACAAAUUUUGUCCAGAACUAUGAAUAUAUUUGUCCUUGUGAGUAACAAAGAAUUUUGUUUGUACAUCCAAAUCGUAUUCUUCUUUUAUAUAGAGGGAAAGUCGAUCUGUGUGUGUAAAACAAAGAAUCAUACUUAUAUAUACAUACAUAUGUACAUAUAUGUUAAUCUUUUGCCAGUACUGACUGGUUAUAUAUUGGUAAAGGUAUAUAAGAAUAAUUUAUUAAUUUAUGCUAUCCAUGUAAAGUACUUGGAGAGAAAAUAUCAAAUGUGGAAUUGUCUGUUUGUUGGAUUUAUUAUUCUCUAACUGGUACAUGUAUGUACACUUAAAGAUUCCAUGCUUGAAUAUAUGGCAAUAAUAUAUUUUGUAUGAUAUUUUAACAUGAACCUCACAAAGUAAUUGUACUUUUUUUUUUUACCUCUUACCAUAAGCGUGUACAGAGAGCAAAAGGUAUGAUUGUUGGUGAUAAAGCCUGGUGAGUUAAAAGUGUAGUGUAAUCUGAUUGACAUUUUGAGGUAUAUUUAGCUAAUGAAAGGUAGUAGAGGUAUUUACUAGCUCUUAUCGAAUGUAAUAUUUUGUUAACUGUUAUGUUUUACUGAUUAAUUUUUGUACUCUAUUGAUUCUCCACUGUUUGCCUUCUAUUCCUUUUUAAGGGUUGAAUAUGUGUGUCUUUUCAAUUUGGAUUGAUACGGUGGAACCUCAUUUUAAAGAGCUUUGAUGUAUCUGUUCUAACAAGGUGAUUUUGCUGGUCCCAGCUCUUUAUAUUCUUUUGCUUUUUACCCUGAUAUAACAAGGUAAUUUCCUUGGUCCCAAGGACCUCGUUAUAACAAGUUUCCACUGUAGUUUAAAUAUGCCCUUCAACCCAUGUCUACAUGUAAGUUACUUUCUGUCGUUAUAAAAUAUUGAAUGUAGAUCUCGUUGAAACUUUCUUUUUCUCUCUCAUUUUGUCAUCGCACUAUCUCUCUCUCUCACUCUUCCAUCGCCCUCUC